AUGCGACAACAAAAAGACGAAAAAACGUUCAGCGGCGCUUUAGUUUACCUCGGCACAAAACCAACGGCUGACAAUUGUGGCUUGGCAGCCAACGAAGGGUGCGUUGACAUCACAGAGCUGGCGGCAAACAAGGCAGCAGCCGCUGUGAAAACAGAAAACUGGAUAGACAAACUUUCAGAAUCAGCAGAAACCCUAAGAAUAGCUGAGGCAGAUACAAACAAGAGAAAAGAAACGGUGGUGCGCCUACAAAAUUUAGUAAAGGGCGACAACUGGCGAAUCACACCUAUGUCGCGUUCCCCAGAUCCAACAUCGCAACGCGGCAACUGA